AGUGCUGAGCGGCCUGGCGGCUGGAGCGUCGAGCGGCCCAGGUGCUGGCGGUGGCCUGGCGGCCCCGGGCCGCACAUUCCCCGGGGUGUCCCCGACGGGCAGCAUGCUCAAGAAGGACGCGCUGACGCUAAGCCUGGCGGAGCAGGGCGCGGCGGGCCUCAAGGCUGCCUCGGCCUCCGCAGCAGCCGCGCUGCGCCCCGACGGCGCCCCUGACGGGCUGCUGGCGUCCCCGGACCUCGGGCUGCUUAAGCUGGCGUCCCCGGAGUUGGAGAGGCUGAUCAUCCAGUCCAACGGACUGGUCACCACCACCCCGACCAGCACGCAGUUCCUCUACCCGAAGGUGGCGGCCAGCGAGGAGCAGGAGUUCGCGGAGGGCUUCGUCAAGGCUCUGGAGGAUUUGCACAAGCAGAACCAGCUGGGCGCGCCCACCGCGGCUACCUCGGCGGCCACCGCGCCCCCUGCGCCGGGGGAUUUGGCAGCCACCCCCGGGGGCCCCGACACCCCGGUCUACGCCAACCUGAGCAGCUUCGCCGGGGGCAGUGGGCCGCCCGGGGGUGCGGCCACCGUGGCCUUUCCCGCGGAGCCCGUGGCUUUCCCGCCGCCCCCGGGCGCGCUCGGGCCACCGCCUCCGCAUCCCCCGCGCCUGGCGGCGCUCAAGGACGAGCCACAGACCGUGCCGGAUGUCCCGAGUUUCGGGGACAGCCCUCCGCUGUCGCCCAUCGACAUGGACACGCAGGAGCGCAUCAAGGCAGAGCGCAAGAGGCUGCGCAACCGCAUCGCCGCCUCCAAGUGCCGCAAGCGCAAGCUGGAGCGCAUCUCGCGCCUGGAGGAGAAAGUCAAGACUCUCAAGAGCCAGAACACCGAGCUGGCGUCCACCGCCAGCCUGCUGCGCGAGCAGGUGGCGCAGCUCAAACAGAAAGUCCUCAGCCACGUCAACAGCGGCUGCCAGCUGCUGCCCCAGCACCAGGUCCCCGCGUACUGAGCUCGAGCGCGGCGCGCAUGCGCGGACUCGCUGCGGUGGGGGGCCACCCUGGACUCCCCCAGAGAUUCGGCACCCCCGGACUCGACAAGCCGGACCCUCCUGAACUGCCCGGGGGGACUCCGAGCGCACGGUCCCCGCCCUCGCGCCGCCUCUGUCCUCCCCCACCCCGCGCGUGUUGCACAAGCCGGCGCCCAGGCAGCCCCUUUGUGUCGCGGAGGACGGGCUCCGAGGGGCGCGCGGCCUCACGCUCUGCCUUUCUCCUUUUCUUUUUCUUUUUGUGCGCUUUUGGAAGAGAGAAGAACGGGAGUGUCCUAUUCCGCCCUAUUUAUGUUUCUACUCGGGAACAAACAUUGGUUGAGUGUUACGUGUGUGUUGGUUUUUUUAAAGAAACGGGAAGAAGAAAAAAAAGACUCCUCCCCUUUCUCCCUCUCCGCUCUUGCUCCCCCUUUCUCCUGACACCACCCUCUCUUUUUGUUGUUUUGUUUUUCUUUUUGUUUUGUUUUGCUACGAGUCGACAUUCCUGUUCCGUAAUCGUUGGUCCGCCCGGUUUUGUGUUUUCAGUAAAGUCUUCAUUAUGCCA